CCGCAGAUCCAUGUCAUGCUUCCAGCGUACGGCUUGUUUACCGGCGGGCACGCUGGAGGGAGAGAUGGACAUGGCCCGCGCGCAGCCAGACCAGUCCAGUGCCGUCCAUGCCAGCCUAAAACUGAACUCCGCAGCGCGCAUGCGCGCGUCCACGUUGCCGCUCCUUUCGCAUCUCCUCUCCAUUCUCGUGUUCGUCUGCCGCCGUGCGACUCUGGCUGCCAGUUCAGCAGCUGCUAGCAUGCCUUGCGGCCGGCGGAUGCAUAGCGCUGCCCUUUCCUCGUCUGACCAGCGGUUCGUGAUCUGAUCGGAUCGGCCAAUUUCGGCUGCGCGAGUGCCAGUCCCGAGCUGGCUGCGAAAAAGAUGGAUAGGUUUCGCCGGACUAGCUCUCCGGUCGGCAGCGGGCGGCCGCUGGUGAUCGGUGGAGACAAGGACAGAUCCUUCGGGAGGAAGAGUUUGAGGUUUGGACGGGCGGCCGAGAGCUUCCAGCACAAGCUUAUUGCUUCGUUCCGGAGCGUCAGACGGAGUGGGUUGGGAGAAGAGUUAGCGCAGAAUGGAAGUCGGCUGUAUAGGGCGUUGCUGCUUCUGCCGAACGAGCUGCUCGUCCAGAUCCUGUGCGAGCUAUUCAUUGCGGAUAUACUUGCUCUUCGCAGAGCUUCACGGGCGCUCAAUGAACUCGUCACAGCAUGCGGGCCAGCUCUGGUCCGCUUUUGGGUGAAGCACAAGAUGGGAUCGCUUCAUACCAAGCUCUAUCCGCCUCCCAGGACCAAUGAGGCCCAUCUGCAAUACUUGUUGGCCAUGAGGCGACGACACAUCGCUUCCAUACGGCUGACCCGAGAAUUGGCCACCUUCGUGCUGAAAGAUACGCUCAGGCACACCAAUCAGCGUCAAAAGGAGAUGUGGGCGUCCGUGUACGAGAAGAUGAUCCCGCUUGUCUUUGGUGUGGGCUACUUCCUGGAAGAGCACCGACGAAUCUUGUUGGAGCGGGAUCUUGGGCGCAUCCGCCCGCGCUCUCACAUUGGAUAUGAUAUCUGUACGACGCCUGGUAUCACAAGCCAGGAACGCAAGAUACUGAAGAGCCUCGAUCCACCCUUGCGGUUGCAGUGCUUCUACAUGUACUGCUUCAUCCUGCAGGUGCUCAUGCGGAAGCUGCGGCCACCGACGUAUGCUGGAUCUGUUGAGAAAGUGUUGCGUGGCUGGCACGGAAAGCCGGCGUGUGUAGAGGACAUUGCAUUUGUCUUGAUUCUUGGGGGCGUAGGCGCGGUGGCAAAGUUGCUUGCCUGCGAAAAUUACAGUGAGCGGCGACGGCUGCUCCACUCCUUCAUCACUCGGCUGUCGCCGCACGAGAACGUAAGAUGGCGAGAACACUGGAGAGAUCUGGGCGUCACAUCGCAUGCGCUGCUGGACGAUAUCCCGUGCAGCAGUAUUGGUAUAACGCAGCUGGACCAGAUCUGGACGCCGGUGAUCGUCGAGGGCAUGAGCGCACAGAGCAUGGAGUUUACUCCGUACGAUAAGGACCGUUAUGAGGAGGUUGUGGCUUCUCGAAGCUUUCUCAACGAGUUGAUGGGUUACGACAUACUCCGGGGUCGUCCUCCAGACGAAGACGACUCGGACGAUGGAGGUGGCGACGACAUGUAGAAUGCACUGUUUGUAGCCCGCAUUUGUACGUGUCAACAGGAGAAAUUACCAGAUCCGGAGCCCAUGCAUCUACUGUGGCACUUGGCCGCCCGUUUGACACAUGCACCUAGACCUGAUGUAAGCUGUCUUCAUGCAGCUGCAUCUUGGGAAAUUUCCGUGUGUCAGAUGUUGAGUAACCUUGCACGUUUGUCAAACAGAGAUAUGCAGCGGGGGCACGAGAGGCC